AGCGAUCACAAUGUACGGACGUCAUAUUAUCUUGGUGACGGUCUUCCUUGUCUUUCCGUUCAUCCUGCCGCCUGUGGGUGGCCAGCAAGCGGUUAGCAAUUUUUUCUCCUUCGUCUUGGAUCGGUUCCGCGAGGGCAUGAACAUGUCCAAUCUGGAGUAUAGUGACAACAAUGUGAAGAUAUUGAAAAACUAUGACUUUGUGAUUGUGGGUGCGGGAACGGCGGGGUGUGCCUUGGCGGCCCGCCUUUCGGAGGUUCCUUCGUGGAAGGUGUUGCUGCUGGAAGCUGGCGGUCCUGAGGUAUGGCCCAUGGAUAUACCCGUUGUGGCCAAUAUGUUGCAGGCAAACUAUGACAUUAACUGGGCAUAUCGCACCCAACCCUCGGAUAAGUUUUGUUUGGGUCUCAAGGAUAGACGUUGCAACUUCCCGAGGGGCAAGGUCAUGGGUGGUUCGUCGGUGCUGAAUUAUAUGAUCUAUACGAGAGGCAAUCGCCGAGACUAUGACACCUGGGCCGAGAUGGGCAACGAGGGAUGGAGCUACAAGGAUGUGCUGCCGUAUUUCAAGAAAUUGGAAGAUUCUUUGGUCCCCAAUGCCGAUGAGGAAUAUGUGGGCCGCAAUGGUCCUGUCAAGGUUUCCUAUGCCCGCUGGCGUUCCCAGGUGAGCAAGGCCUUUGUUUUGGCUGCCAUACAGAAUGGCAGUGAUUAUGUGGACUACAAUGGCCGGCGCCAAGUGGGGGUGUCCUACAUCCAAACCACCACAGAUCAGUCGAUACGCUGGAGUGCCAAUCGGGCCUAUUUGUAUCCCAUCAAGGGGAAGCGUCCCAAUUUACAUAUCAAGAAAUUUGCCAUGGUCACAAAGGUGUUGAUUGAUCCGAAAACGAAGAAGGCCUAUGGCGUGUUGUUUGAGUCCAAUGGCCAGUCGUUUGAGGUGAGGGCCCGCUUGGAGGUGAUAUUGUCUGCUGGAGCCAUCAACAGCCCACAGCUCCUGAUGUUAUCAGGGGUGGGGCCGGCAAAACAUCUGAUGGAUAUGGGUAUUGAACCCUUGGCUAAUUUGGCGGUGGGCUACAAUCUCCAGGAUCACAUAGCUCCGGCCCUGAACAUUGUCACCAAUGAGACCACCCUGACGGUGGAGGACUUCUUUGACAUUGAUGAGAUUGUCAAGUUGAACACACGCAAUAGCAUGCUGUCGCUGCCCGGGGCCGUGGAGGCCAUUGCCUUUUAUGAUCUACAAAAUCCCCAGGAUCCAGAUGGUUGGCCUGAACUGGAGCUGUUCACCACACCGGGAGCGUUUCAUGAAAAUGUCUUCCUGGCCUCGGCUAUUGGUAUACGCUCGGACAUCCUUCAUGCCCUGUACGAUGAUGUGGUGGACAACGAGAAAAGUGUCUUCCUGAUCUUUGCCAUGCUCCUGCAGGCCCGCAGCAAGGGACGUAUAAUUUUACGCAGCAAAGAUCCCGCCCAAUAUCCGCUGAUAUAUCCCAACUAUCUACAGGAUCCCUACGAUAUGGAUGUCCUUGUGAAGGGGUUGCAAAAAAUUAUCCACCUCCUAGAACAGCCAGCCAUGAGGCGUAUCAAUGCCACCCUCCUGCAGCAACAUGUGCCCAGUUGCCGGCAAUACUCUGAUAUAACGUCGAGGGAAUAUCUGCAGUGCUACAUACGCCAGCUGACCUUUACUAUCUACCAUCAAUCGGGUACAGCGAAAAUGGGACCACCCACCGAUUCCGAGGCUGUGGUGGAUCCCCGUUUGAGGGUCCACGGCAUUAAGAAGUUGAGGGUGGUCGAUGCCAGUAUUAUGCCGAAAUUGGUGGCAGGACAUCCCAAUGGUCCGAUUUUCAUGAUUGCUGAGAAGGCGGCGGAUAUAAUAAAAGAGGAUUAUGGGAAAUUGUGA